AUGGCCUUCGUUUUCAACCUGACUCCUGAAUGUGGCGGUGAGCCCAGCGCGAAGGUCCUCUAUGGUGGUCCUCGCGAUAAGUGCUGCUCUAUUAAACAUAGUGGAUGCAACACGGGAUUCAAGUGGAUGCUUCAUCCUCGAAACAAAUGCUCCUCCAGUCCGCUGGACAAUGGAUUCGGCGGAGCUUUCGACACUGAAAGGAGUCGGAAAAUGGCCGAAGAACAAAUGCCAAAUGUGAAAUUCGGUGGCCUACAGAAGCGAAGGCAACAAUGUGAUAACGGGACGAGUGCAGGUUCGAUACCUCGCUGA